CGGUACAAUUUCACCCAUCAUGAUUACCGGAAGGUCUGUUUCAUCUACAAGCCGUCUCUAGUGUGCAUCCCAACCGCCCGCUGCUGCCUCCUUCUCCCCGGCCAACCGCCACCCUCCUCCGGCUGCCUAACGGUCCGACAUCAUGCUAAUCUGUCGUCGUAAUGUCGUUCAUUAGUCUGCAUCAGGCUGAGGAUGAAAUGAUGCCAUCAUCAGGGCCUGAUAAUGGGAAACAGGAGGUCACCAUGUGCCGAAAUCUCUCCAAAUAUACCCUCUUCUUCAUCGUCCUAGCACUGUCUGGUCUCAUCUUCCUGCUGCGCAACAUCCACACUGUGGAGAACUGGAACUGCCACACUAUUUCAGCCCUGUACCAGCUCCAGAGCAGGAUCCAGUCGUCCUUCAUCCAAGUGAAUCUGCCUACUUUUUAUCACAACCGCACCUUCUGCGCCCAUCUGGGCCAGAAACCCUCCCCUGAAGAUGAGCUGGAGGAGCGCUACCUGUUGGACUCUAUCUCCUGGCCCGGGCCUCCGCCUCGCUCCACACCUACCACCCUGCGCCAGACAAGCGACCCCAUUCACAGCCUGUUCGCCAUCCUUCCCACCAAGGAAGGAAGAGAAUGGCAUGUGGGCGACCAGCUGGAGGCCCUCGUCCAAAUGCAUGACUUUCAGGGUCGUCCCAAGCGCUACGGUGGGGAUUUCCUUUUGGCCAGACUGCACUCCCCCGAACUUGGAGCGGGUGUAGCAGGUAAGGUGCUGGACCACAGAAAUGGAUUUUACUCCGCUCUGUUCCCGCUCCUCUGGGUCGGGUCUGCACAGAUUGAGGUUACUCUGGUGCACUCAAGUGAAGCCGUCGCCGUGCUGCGACGGCUGAGAGAAGAGCGGCCCGACCGUGUGUUUUUUAAGAGCCUGUUUCGCUUGGGCUUCCUGUCUGAAACGACUGUGUGCAACAUGUGCCUGCCCCCUGAUCAGCAUCCCCUGUGCAACUACACAGACCCAUACACAGGGGAACCCUGGUACUGCUACAAGCCUAAGGUGCUCAGCUGCGACACCAGAAUCAACCACGCCAAAGGAGGCUAUCUGAAACACCUCAUCACCAACAAAGAAGCAUUGCUCUUCCAGAGCGGUGUAAACAUAAAAGUUCGCAUACACGCUUCAGGCCCCGACAGGAUCAACGUGCUGCCUCCCAGGAAAGAUAAAGUAGAGGUAGAAAGCAGCAGUAUAAAACCUGAACCUGUUAAGCUAGAACCAUCUGGAUAUUACUACGAGGACUCAUGGAGGCCGUUAAGUGGCGUUACAAUGCGCCAGUUCAAUGAAUCAUCUGCCAUCACUCAUUGUUUGACGAACAAAGUGAUCAACAUGUACGGAGACUCUACCGUCAGGCAGUGGUUUGAGUACCUCAUUGCUUUUGUACCAGGACUAAAAGAGUUCAACCUGCACAGUCCUAAAAACGUCGGGCCUUUCAUGGCGGUGGACAGCACCCACAAUAUUCUCUUAAAGUACCGCUGCCACGGCCCGCCCAUCCGCUUCUCCACCGUCAUGUCCAGCGAGUUGCGGUACAUUUCAAACGAGCUGGACGGCCUCUCCGGGGGUCCCAACACCGUCGUGGUCCUCAGCAUUUGGGCCCACUUCAGCACCUUUCCCGUGGAGGUGUACAUACGGCGGCUCCGUCACAUCAGGCGGGCGCUGGUGCGACUUCUGGACCGAGCACCAGGGACCGUUGUUGUGAUCCGCUCGGCCAACCUCCAAGCCCUGGACCAGGAGGUGAGCCUGUACAACAGCGACUGGUACUCCCUGCAGCUGGACGAGGUGCUCAGGUCCAUGUUCAAGGGCCUCAACGUCCUGCUGGUGGACGCCUGGCAGAUGAGUUUAGCGCACCACUUUCCUCACGCCCUCCAUCCACCUCCAGCCAUCGUCAAGAACAUGAUAGAUAUGCUUUUGUCGUACGUUUGCCCAGAGAAGAAAAGGAGCCAGCGGACAUAGAGGGACAGUGCUGUUGUGGAAGUUUACUGUAUGAAUGCAUUAAUCACUUCUUCAAGUCCCAAACAUGAUUUUUUUUUAAAGAAUUUAAGUGUUUUCCAAAGCUGUAUACCCUUUAAAUACUGUCUUUACUGAGAGAUUUGACGUCUACUGCUGAUCUCUGUUUACUUGCCUGUUAUGUUUUCAUUUUGAAUUCCACAAAGAAUUUACUGUGAAAAAUGCCAAAGACUUUGGCAAAGUGAUUGUUGCUACCCAUCUGUUUUUGUCACCAAAGUGUUUUGAGUGUGCCCAUAUCCGGUGUCCAUGUUCUUUGUUAAGGUGGAUUCGUGUUUAGGUUUUGUUUGUUAGUUUUGCCAAAGCUGAAGACUCGACUCGAGUUCUCGUUUCUAACUCUCAGGCUGUUCGGUGUUACAAUGUGUUCUUAUGUUGACCACAGAAUGACAAAUGAAAUAAAGCUUUUCUGUUACUACACAA